AUGGGCUGCAACGCGUCCAAGGACGGAGUCGUCGCCGUCAAUGAGCCGGCCCCGAAGAAGGACGUCCCGGAGGCCGUGAAGGCCAAGCAGGACGACGCGCCGGCCCCGGCGCCGGAGCCCGCGAAGGACGACGCCGCCGCGGAGGACGACCUGCCGGACCUGAACGACCCAGACGUCGCCGACGCCGCGCUCAAGAUCCAGAGCGGCUUCCGGGGCAUGCAAGCGCGCAAGGAGGUGGCCAAAAUGAAGGAGGAGAAGGCCACCGAAGCGCCCGCCGAGGACGCGCCAGCGGCCGAGGAGCCGGCCCCUGCCGCCGAAGAAGCCCCCGCUGCGGAGGAGGCCCCGGCCGCCGAGGAGGCCGCGCCGGCGGAGGAGGCCGCGCCCGCCGAGGAGGCCGCGCCGGCGGAGGAGGCCGCGCCCGCCGAGGAGGCCGCGCCGGCGGAGGAGGCCGCGCCCGCCGAGGAGGCCCCGGCCGCGGAGGAGGCCGCGCCGGCGGAGGAGGCCCCCGCUGCGGAGGAGCCUGCCCCGGCCGCUGAGGAGGAGGCCGCACCGGCGGAGGAGGCUGCCCCGGCGGAGGAGGCGCCCGCUGAGGAGGCGCCCGCUGAGGACGCGGAUGCGGCGGCUGACGCGGCUGUGGACGACGCUGUCAAGGACGCUGAGGCGGAGGAGUGA